AUGGCACAACCUCCUGGUUUUGCAGACCCUGUGCAUCCUCAUUUUGUUUGCAAGUUACAUAAAUCUCUGUAUGGAUUGAAGCAAGCCCCCCGGGCCUGGAAUGAGAGAUUCACAGCUUUCCUUCCUUCUCUCGGGUUCAUCUCCACCUAUUCUGAUUCGUUUCUAUUUGUGAAGCAUGUUGGUUCUGAGAUAGUGAUUUUACUGCUUUACGUAGAUGACAUUAUCUUAACAGGGAAUGCUACAGCUGCUAUACAACAGGUCAUCCAGUCCCUUACUACUGAGUUUGACAUCAAGGAUUUGGGCACACUUCAUUAUUUUUUGGGCAUUCAAAUAUCCUGCACAGCAACUGGGAUGUUUUUAUCACAAACCAAGUACAUUCAAGACUUGUUACACAAGACUGAAAUGAGUGAUUGCAAACUGUGUGACACUCCAUGCUUACCUUAUAAUCGUUUACUGAAGGAUGAUGGAGUUCCAUUUUCAGAACCUGGGACAUACAGGAGUAUCGUUGGUGCCCUGCAGUACCUCACUUUCACUCGUCCUGACAUUGCAUUCUCAGUCCAUCAAGUAUCUCAAUUUCUGCAAACCCCUAUGGUGUCUCACUUCACUGCUGUCAAACGCAUUCUGCGUUAUUUGAAAGGCACCUUGUCUUCUGGCAUUACUUAUGCUGCUGGUGACGUUGGUUUAAAAGCUUUUAGUGAUGCCGACUGGGCUGGUGAUCCGAAUGACAGGCGCUCUACAACUGGGUUCGUUGUUUUCUUGGGCUCCAAUCCCAUCUCGUGGUCUUCUAAGAAACAACAAACAGUUUCUCGUUCGUCAACUGAAGCCGAAUAUCGAGCCAUGUCCUCCACUGCUGCUGAACUUGAUUGGAUUCAGCAACUUCUUACAUUCCUACACAUUCCUCUGUCUUGUGCUCCUGUGCUUUUCUGUGAUAACCUGUCCGCCAUUGCUCUUUCGUUCAAUCCCGUUCAACAUCAACGGACCAAGCAUAUUGAAAUUGAUGUUCAUUUUGUUCGUGAACGGAUUGCUCAAAAGAAGUUACUUGUGCAGUUUGUAUCUUCCGGAGAGCAGUUUGCCGAUAUCCUUACCAAAGGUCUUAGUGCUCCUCUCUUUUGGACUCAUUGUACCAAUCUCAUGCUUGGUUCUUCUCCCAUGCAUGAGUUUGAUGGGGGAUGUUAG